AUGCACCUGCAACUUCCUCCAGUGCAGAGAUCAAGACAGAACCUUACACUAGCAGACUGGCUUGCUGUCUUCACCUACAUCGAUACCCACCCCAAAACACCACAAGCAGACAUUGUUGCACACUUUUGCACCUUGAAAUCAGGAGUGCUGAUCUUCACGCAGUCGACUUUAUCAUGGAAACUGAAGGAUUGCAUCGCAUUGGAGGCUUGCAUCAAUGACAAUCCAAGUGCUUUGUCAGCAAAACACCCGCGGAUUGUGACAAGACCUGAUGUCAAGAAGGCCUUAGUCCUGUGGAUCCAGAGCAUGGAAGCUAGGGGCGAGCACUUUACUGGGCUGAUGCUGAAGGAGAAGCAGAAGCGCUUUGAAGAUGAUUUUCAGGUGCCAAUUGAGGAGCGGCUGAUAGGUGAUGGAUGGGUUGCAUCCUUUUGUAGGACCUACAACAUCCAAGAGUAUUGCCAGCAUGGUGAGGCAGGGUCAGUUAAUCUUGACGCAGUCAGUGCUGAGCGUGAGCAGUGCCAAAAGAUUCUCUUGCAAUAUGCUCCAAGAGAUCAGUUGAAUUUUGACAAAACAGGCUUAUUUCCAUUCGCUCCACCAGACCGAGGCCUCGCAACAAAGCAAAUGAGUGGGAAGAAAAAGGAGAAGUUCCAAAUCUCCGCCUUGUCUGGGCGAUAUUCGGAUGGAGACUGGAGGCCAGCAUUGAACACCCUUAUGGAUGCUGAAGGUGACACAGAAGCUGUGAUUGCCACAGUUGAAAGUCUUGCAAAUGCAGCUGCCAGUCAAACAGGCCUCAAGAUACAAAUACCUGCACUUCCAAAACUGCUGCUGCAGCUCAGUAAUAUUGAAGAUCAGCUAGAAAAUGCAAUUGGGGAACUCAAAUCUUGA